AUGGGCCCUUUACAAGCUCUGAGCUGCAUGCUGCUACUUGCCUCACUGGCCAGCUCGGCAGCGCCGCCACCGUCCGGCUACCGCUCCACGCUCACCCACAUUGACUCCAAACUCGGCUUCACCAAGGCACAGCUGAUGCGCCGAGCCGUGCACAGAAGCCGCCUCCGAGCGGCCUCGAUGCUACCGGGCUAUUCCACAACGCUUUCCAGCUCGAACGCCGGGCCAAGGCUCCGCUCGGGCCAGGCCGAGUACCUUAUGGAGCUCGCCAUCGGGACGCCGCCGGUGCCGUUCGUCGCCCUCGCCGACACCGGCAGCGACCUCACAUGGACGCAGUGCCAGCCGUGCAGGCUCUGCUUCUCGCAGGACACGCCCGUCUACGACCCGACCACCUCCUCCAGCUUCUCCCCCGUGCCCUGCUCCAGCGCUACGUGCCUGUCCAUAUGGAGCCGCAACUGCACCCCUACCGUGCUCUGCAGGUACCGCCAUGGGUACGAGGACGGCGCCUACUCGGCAGGUGGCUUGGGCACGGAGACGAUCACGUUCGGCUCUAGCGCGCUCGGCGAAGCACCGGCCGCCUCCGCCGGAGGCGUGGCGUUCGGCUGCGGCACAGACAACGGGGGCGACUCGUACAGCUCCACCGGGACGGUCGGCCUCGGCCGCCGGAGCCUGUCCCUCGUGGCGCAGCUAGGGGUCGGCAAGUUCAGCUACUGCCUCACCAACUUCUUCAACACCAGUCUGGGCAGCCCGCUCCCGGCCAUGCCAGACAUGGUGCUGCACUUCGCCGGCGGUGCGGAUAUGACGCUGCAUAGGGACAACUACAUGUCCUUCGACAAAGAGGACUCGUCGUUCUGCUUGAACAUUGCUGGGACGACGUGGACUUCGAUUCUGGGCAAUUUCCAGCAGCAGAAUAUACAGAUGCUGUUUGACAUCACCGUAGGGCAAAUGUCAUUUGUCCCCACCGACUGUAGUAAACUUUGA